UGGACCUUCGUAUAAAAGCCACAAGAGUUGUGGGGAAUAUGUCGUACUUUUGCAGGGAAUACCAUGAUGUACCCGUGAGCACUGGCACCACCAUUAUGGCCAUGGAGUACGCUGAUGGAGUGGUGCUCGGAGCCGAUUCCCGCACCAGUGCCGGCAUCUUCGUGGCCAACAAAAUCACGGAUAAGCUGACCAAGGUGGCGGACAAGAUAUACUGCUGUCGCAGCGGAUCGGCAGCGGAUACCCAGGCGGUGGCCGAUUUGGUGACCAAUAACCUCUACUAUGGUGAGAACCACUGCGGCAAACCGCCCACCGUAUGGGAGGCCGCCUGUGAGUUCCGGUACCUCUGCUAUAACUUUCGGGACGCCCUCCUAGCCAGCAUUAUAGUGGCGGGAUACGAUGAUGAAAAGGGCGGCCAGGUGUACAGUAUUCCCCUGGGCGGGAUGCUUGUUCGGGAUCCCUGUGCCGUCGGCGGUUCUGGCUCGUCCUAUAUUUUUGGCUAUGUACACGAUCAGUGGCGUCCUGGUUUUUCAAGGGAGCAGUGCGUUCAGUUUAUCCGAAAGUGCAUUCGGCUGGCCAUUCACCACGAUGGCAGUUCCGGCGGAGUGACCCGUAUUGCAAUUAUUACAAAGGAUGGAGUCGAAAGACGUUUAUUCUUCAACACGGACAACGGAGAGCCCAUAACUAGACACAAAAAGCUCACCGAUCUCGAAACCUCUGACGAUGACGACGAUUGAGAAAUGGUCUUUUUUCAAUUUUUAAUUUUUGCAUUUUUU